CAAGUUUACACGUAUUGACUGGACUUUCUAAAAAUUAACGAUGCCGCUGGAAACUGUUGCUUCAGUACUGUGAACUUUAAAGAAUUUUAGAAAUUGUUGGCUAAACUGACUGAUACUUUGUUUUCCAGUGCAAAAUUUAUUGAUCUCUUCCUGCACAUACGUGGCUUGUUAAUAUGAUUCGAAGCUUAAACUUAUCAGUUUCGAACUAGAUUUAAAAUUACCAAGAUGAAAAGAAAAGUCUCAAUCUUAAGGUGAAGAUAAAGACUAUGUUGGAAGAAGCAAAACGGAUCUGUACGUGAAAUCAUUACGGGCAAUUGUUGCUGUUACUGUUAAUGUUGUUCUUGGGUAACGUUCAGCGUGGCAUGAGGCUCCUGUAUUAUCUUGGGGACUACGUAGGAAAAACCCCGCUAAUAAAUUCCUGCUGGAGUACUGCCUACGCUUAUCAUUAGCAGUUCACUCCUUCGGACGCGGCCCGGAAAAUUGCCUGCAGUCAAAUGACUGCGCGAAUUGAAUGAUACGGACUGGGGCCAACUCUCCUGAAGGGACAUCCGGAGCAUCUCAACCCUGACUGCGACUGCUCCGGUACAGCUCGGCGACAGCACCAUUAUUACCCAUAUCAUGCAUAGGCAGCGACGACUACGGGCUGUGGCCUCGUACUUGUUUCUGAGCAUGGUCUGGCGUCGUCCGGCCGUGGAGUGCUUGGAGUGCAUGGUGGGCGUGCAGGAGUGUCACUGCGGCUGGGAGUGCACCAGCGACCUGUCCGAAGCCAAAUUCCAGGACGUGACGCUGGCGCAGCAGAGCCGCACAUGACAGCAGGCGCGCCGCUGCCCACGGACAUCCCGCUGCGGAAAACGUGCCCGGGCAGCGCGGAUGUAUGCCUGUACUUUGCCGACAUGUUCCUGGCGCCGUACCUUAACGGCACGGUUGUGGGACGAGGCCGCUUCGGCAACUGCUUUCGUCCGGGCACCGGCACGCCGGCCAACCAGUCCAACUACUAUCCGGCUCUUCCCGAUGCCGGCCAUGCCAACCCGCAACAUCGACAGCAUGGGCCUGAACGUCGGUCCGCAGGGCUUUGCCGGGCAGGAUUUCCUGUGCAUCCCGGUGCACUAUACGCAGCGUGACAGCGGCGUGGAUGAGUACUUGGUGUACUGCUUAUGCCGGCGCAACCUAUGCAACCUGGACUGGACCACGGUGGCCAACACCGGACCUCCGCCGCCCGGCAAGGAUGUGGAUGCCCUUAUCGUGGACGUGUACAAUAAUCCCAAUGGCAGUGCACCGACGCUGACGGCCUUCGAAAUCAACAACACGCAGAUAGUCAAUGCCACGCGACGCCCGGCCGCGGACACGGUGGACUGUGGAACACACCCGGACAGCGAGGACUGCAAUCCAAAUGCCUCACCGGGUACACGCUCCGGGGCGACGCGAUAUCGACCGGCUAAGCUUUUCUGCUUCGUCUGCAGCGUGCUCACUGUAUGGACAAGACGCCGCAUAGGUCUUAUAUGUAUACCUUUGAACAAUCUUUGUGCACUUUUUGACGCCUAAGGUCAAUGCUUAAUGGGCAGCUGUUGUCGGCUUGUUUAAUUGACUGUCCAUGU